AUGGUGGGGCCAAAGGUCCAGAAAAUAGCGUCAGUGAGGGACAGAUUCCGGGGUUCUGAGGGGGGGACCCUUGAGCGUGAGGGUGAGGGAGGACCCACGUCCACCCACAGCCACGAGCGUGAUGGAGCAUCCGGCGGGUUCCACCUUAAAGAGUCCCGGAGCGCCCAACUGCGGAGACGCCUGGCACCUGCAGGGGGCGCUGCUGCCUCGCGGUUCCUCCCGCGCCGGGGCACAGCGAGCUCCUCAGCCUCCAGGCCUUCGUCCCCGGAGGGGGUGGGGACCCUAGGGGGAGGAAGGGCGCGAGUGCGGCCGCUAGGUAAGGAUCCCGAGCCCUUCUGGAUAGAGAAACAGCCUCCACAAGGCGCUAGCUGCGUGCAGCCUUCCGUCUUUCGGCCCAGAGAGGAAGUGCAAGCAGACGCCCUCCCCUGCCCCCACCGCCUUCCUGCGUCCCUCCACCUCCGCUCUCCGACCCCGACCGUGCUUCCCAGACCCUUUGUUCUCCAGGCGCGGAGAAGCCCCUGGGACUCGUUUGGGCCUGAACCCACAGCGCCCGCCGCAGGUCACGAAGGGCAUCCUCGGACCUCGGGCGCACGGUCGCGGCCGCAAGUCCCGUCGCAGCCCCUCUUCCUGAGGACCCCAGAGCCCCAGAGGGGAGAAUGGGACAUUGUAUGUCGCGCCCAGGAGUCUGAUUGCAAACGAACGCUCUCCCCACCCCACCCUCGGCGGCGCCACCCGCGUCGCCCCUCUGCCGCGCGUGACCCCAAGGGCUUGGGCGAUUGUGUCUCCCUGAGUACAGUUACAAUUGUGUUCGGCUUAAUUUCUUACUCGGCUGAAGGCGUCGCGGAGUAAA